AUGGGCAAUACUAACAAUUUCGCCAUUACCUUAUGGAUAUUAUAUCUCAUUAUUUCUUUUAUUUUCUUUCUUUCUCUCAUUCUCACAUUAUUUCUCAUUUUCUUUCUUUCUCACAUUCAUUCAUUCUCUCAUUUUCUUUAUUUCUCUCUCUCUCUCUCUCUCUCUCUCUCACACACACACACUCAUUCUUUCCCUCUUUUUUUCUCAUUUUUUCUCUCACAUUACUUCCUUCUCACAUCUUUCUUUCUCUCACAAUCCUUCUAUAAAUUUUAUCUUUCACAUUCAUUUUAUUUCUUUAUCGCACAUUUUCUCUUUCUGGAAUUCUCUCCCUCUUUCUUUCUUUCACUCUUCCUUUUUUAUCUUUCCUUCAUUUUUCUUUCUCUUCUCUCUCAUUUUCUAUUUUUUUCUAUCUCUCUCAUUUUUCUUUCUCAUUUCCUCUUUCUUUCUCAGAUUUUCUCUUUCGUUCUCUCUGAUUUUCUUUUAUUUCCCCUUCGCUCGGUCUCUCUCUCUCUCUCUCUCUCUGGAUUUCAUUCUCUUUAUCCCUCUCUCGUUUUCUUUCUUCCUCUCAAUAUUCUCUUUCUCAUUUUCUCUUUCUUUCUCUCUCUGUCUCAUUUUCCUUCUUCCUCUCUCUCAUUUUCUUUUUCUUUCACUCUCUUCCAUUUCUUUCUUUCUCUCAGUCUCUCAUUUUCUUUGUUUCUAUCACUCUCUCUCAUGUUCUCUGUUUCUCUAUCAUUUUACUUUCUCUCUCUCUUUUUCUCUUUCUCUCUCUCCCUCUUUCUCUUUCUCUCUCUUUCUCUCUCUCUAAUCAGAAAAAGACAUAUCAAUGUAUUUUUGAUCCUCCUCUUCCUCUCUCUCUCUCUGUCUAUCUAUCUAUCUAUCUAUCUAUCUAUCUAUCUAUCUAUCUAUCUAUCUCUGUCUAUCUCUUUUAUACUAUGGGAAUAUAACGAACAUUAA